AUGAAGUUGCUUUUAGUGCUUGCAACAACCUGCCUUGUGGGAGCAAGUCUCCUGCUGGCCUCACCCGUUCGGCAGAACAAACCGCGCGCCCUGGUUACGAGCCGCGAAGACACGGUGACGGCGGAACCGUCGAAGCAGAAACCCCAGUACCUGAUUCAAGUGAAGCCCAAAGACGAGGAAGAGGACGAACUCUCGAAAUUGGUGGAUUUUUUCGCGAAUGGGGAGAUCGGCUCGCCCAGCGAAUCAACCGGAUCUCCCCACACGACAUCCUACGGCUCCUAUAGUCCCUCCCGAGACGAUCUGACCGAACCGCUGCUGCCGCCUCCGGUCGAACAAAAUGAACCAAACUACUACGCCGCCAAGCCGAAGAAAACCAAGGGCAAGAAGUACAUUCCGACGCAGAAACUCAUCAACUUGAAGAACGCCGACGGUGUGGAGAAACACGCCAAUGAAAAGUCCCGCCUGGGUAGUCAGGGCGGUUCGGAACAAGGAUCGGAUUACAGCGACGAGGAAACCUUCUUCCUGGACGCGAUCGAUCUUGACAAACUACUGGCCAGCGCGUUGCUAGGAGAGCAGGACGCCAAAGCGGAAGCCACCGGGGCGGCAUCGAGACGUUUACUGUUGCCACUGCACUUAGAGGAGCUCAAUCAGGGCGAGUUCGUGCCCAGCCGCAACCGGAGGGUGGACCAGUACACACGGCCCGUGGCCGGCGAGGACGAAGGAAGAAUCGUCAGUUCCAUGUAGAAGAGCGAGAUGACGAAGGCAAUGUUCGGGGACGCUACGGUUACUACAUGAGGUCCGGAAAGUUUCGCAUCGUCAACUACAGCUCCUCACCGGAAACGGGAUUCAGGAUAGAGCCG